AAGCAGUUUGUGCAGACUGGGGUUCGCUUCGCACACAUGUGCCAGUGUCAAAGGUAGAGAUUUCUGUUCUUUUCAGUCCUGCUGCGAGGCUCGUGUGAAGUGUUUGGAAAGUUAUAAUACAUUUUUGUGAAAUUGAUGACGUCGCGUUAGAAUUCUAAAUAAAUAUCUGUAUCUAAAUACAAAACUCUGCAAAAAAUAGAUAUCGUGAAUGCUUGCUUAAUUUUUUUUUUACAUUUUAAUCAAAAUUAUAUCCACAUGUUAACCUUAAUUAAAUAAAUAUAUAAUAGGGUAUGUGUAGGUACCUACCCAAAUAAGAAAAUCAGUAUAACAGGUGAAAAAGUUGAAAAGUACAUAACAUCUACAAUGAUUCUUAAGAUAAAUGUUUCCUAAAGAAAAAAUGAAGUGUUACUAAGUACCUACCUAACUAUGAAAAAAAUAUAGGUAGAACGUAAAAUAAAUAAAAAUUCAUAAGAUACAUACACCUUACCCACGUAUCUAAGUACCCACCCACCAAAACCAACCUUCUUCUUUUUUUAAAUUAAGUUGAGCAUUAUUUAGGCAUGAAUGCAUUCAUUGAUACAGCACCUUCACAGCAUCAUCUAGCUUCAUAUGGCCUGCGAAUGUCACCAUCCUCUACCUCCCAGCAGCACCAACAGCAGCAGCCAUCAUCACAUAUGGAGGGAAAUUUGGCUAGGCAACAAGGACAUGCUGGCCACCAGCAACCGCAACAAUCCCCACAUCAACAAAAUACACCAUCACGUACGAUUGUUUCGGGUACCGAUAUGGUUUCUUCUUUUACAUCCUAUCAAAAUUCAGGCUACAGCCAUAUGAGCCAUCUUAAUGCCCAUCAACUAGGUUCAUAUUCUCCUCAUGAUUUUGUAUUGCGUCGUGAAAAUGAAUAUAUUAACUUAGCUGCUGCUUCGGGCAGUGUUCAAGGUUGUGCUGCCAAAUCAGCCGAUUCUAUUCUUUUCUCCUCUAUUUCAUCAAUACACCCGCAUCACAAUCAUGGAUUACACGAAAAUACAGCUACACCUUUUGGCGGAAGUCCUUUUCACGCGGCCAGCGCCCAUCACCAUCAACAUCAUCAAAUGCGAAUGGGCAUUUCGUCAGCCGCUGAUUAUACACAUCCGUAUCAUCAUCCGCAUCAUUCGCAUCACCAUACGAAUUUCCCGUCGGUACACCAUCAUCAUCCGCAUCAUCCAAUACAAAUGAAUCCUGUAGGAGCUGGAGCCUUCCUUAGAUAUAUGCGACAUCAUCCAACUUCCGCAUCGGUAGUUAAACAGGAAAUGCAAUGUCUUUGGGUGGACCCCGACCAGGCGGCAAGUGGUGUCAGUGGUGGUCGGAAAACUUGCAACAAAAUAUUCAGUUCCAUGCACGAAAUUGUAACUCACCUGACAGUGGAACAUGUUGGCGGACCUGAGUGUACAACGCAUGCCUGUUUUUGGAUCGGCUGUAGUCGCAAUGGACGCCCAUUCAAGGCCAAAUACAAAUUGGUGAACCAUAUACGUGUACAUACUGGCGAAAAACCAUUUGCUUGUCCUUUCACUGGAUGUGGAAAGGUAUUUGCUCGUAGCGAAAACCUCAAAAUCCACAAACGUACACACACUGGUGAGAAACCGUUUAGAUGUGAAUACGAUGGUUGCGAUCGGCGAUUUGCGAACUCUUCAGAUCGUAAGAAACAUUCUCAUGUGCACACGUCAGACAAACCGUACAACUGUCGCGUCAACGGCUGUGAUAAGUCAUACACUCAUCCAUCUUCACUGCGAAAACAUAUGAAGGUUCAUGGAAACGCGGAAGAGCGACUAUCAUCUCAAGGUUAUGACAGCGAAGGAGAAGAAUCAAGCUCGUCAAGUAUCCUCACAGGAGGUGCACAAACUCCACCAAUGAUACGGUUGGGUGAAUCAGUCGCAAAUUCAUCACCAAUAUCUAUUAAAUCAGAGUGUAAUGCUUUGGGACAAAAAGUCAUUGGAAAAAAUGCCAGCGCCACCAACAACUCAAAGUCCCCAGGGCCAAUAAUUUCCUCAGCUUCAUAUUUGCCUUCUCCACUAGGAGUGCUUCCAUCACAUAACCAUCAGUAUCGUGAUUCAACAUCCGUGCUUAACAAUUCUCCCGGUAGUACAGCUUUAAAUCCUGCUCCAAUGUUAGUCACUGAGAACCAUAGUCACCAUCUUUUAUAUCACCCAUCACAACAUCACACACCAUCUGAGUGGUAUCCAACGACCCCUUCAAUACCGGGUGAAUCACCCAAUUAUGCUCUAAGUCCGUUUGGUCAUCACAACCACCAUCAUCUAGUGCAUUCAGGGGCCGCUACUGCAUAUUAAAAUAAAAAUAUGUAAAUAAAAAAAUAAAACAAAAAUAAUUAUAUUUUGAAAUUAUUAAAUUAUUAAAUAAAACUAUAAAGCUGUUGCAUUCAACUCAUCUUGACUGUCUUUAAAACAAACUAUACUGAAAUAAUGUCUAGUUAUAAAAUUCAAAAACUAGUUUUAUUUACUCGAAUAUUUAUUUGAACAAGAUUUUACUAUU